ACAGAAAACCUGAUGAACCACAUUCUCGCACCUUGCUUUGCCAUCAAGUCGUAGCAGAAAUCUGCUUUCUCUAAAAGUUAGUUGACUGAGACAGGUAUUUAGACAUUUACGUUUGCUAAAGAGGAAUCUGCUAACCUUGUAAUGUCAACAAUGAAUAACAUCUGCAAAGCAGUGAUUGCCUUGAGUGCCUUCAUGACAGCAGCACAAUGCCUGAACUGUCGCCAAUGCCCUAUUGGUAUAUUCGGAGUUUGUUUGAUUCAAAAUGAGGUCACAUGUAACAAUGCAACUGAGAGCUGCUACAAAGGAGAAGCACAGUUCACUGCCACAGGGUCGGUCACCCUGCACACCCGCGGCUGCCUGGACUCAGACCUGUGUGGGAAGACACUGACUGGAAACCUCCUGGGUGCUGCAUACACCAGCAGUUUCCAGUGUUGUACAACAAACCUAUGCAAUGGAGCCACGUCUGUCCAGCUCCCUCUCACUGUGGCCCUCUGUGCUGCCAUCCUGUCCUCUCUGUGGGGAAUGUGGGAGUUGUAGUUUUUUUCUAUAUCUGUGAAUUUCUUUUACUGAUUAUGUUAUCAGUGAUCAGCUUUUACAGAAGUAUUUACUUUGUUUAAUUGACUGAUUGACUGACGGAAUCAUCAGUUGCAUCCUUAAAAAGAAUCUUUAUGACCUGUUUUAUCUGCCUUGUGUCAUCAUCAUACAAUACAGAUUCAGAGCGACAGCUUGGAUUGAAGACGCUGAGAUCAUGUCCUCAAUAUUUUAUUGGAUUUAAUCUUGUCUAGUUCUACAGAACAAAAACUGUACGAUCAGAGUGUCCUGGUGUUAAAAUGAUACGGGGUGCAGGGGUCAACCAAUGUGUAAACAAACAUCCACCUUAAUGGAAGGGGCCUAAAAAUUCAGCAUUCAUGCUCCUCCACAAAGGCAUUAAUUAAACAAGAAAUGUCUCCACCAUGCAGAUACCAUAGUCUGGAGCUCGAGACCAAUAAUAUGCAUAAAUGUGGCUACAACUGCAGCCUAUAGUUAAUAACAGUCUCUAAACAGAUAUGAAAUCAUGAUUGCUUUGUAAUAUGUAUGCUGAUAUGGCCCGAUGAGAUGAUACCAUAUAUGUUGUCUUGAGCCAAUAAUAGCUUGUACUUGGGGCCUUCAUGUAGAUAUAUCAGAUUUUAUGUAUGUGAAAAACUUUCACUUUAAUCACUGACAGGUUUGUUUGCACUUAUUGCAGGGUGUUUUCAUAUGAAAGAUCUGCGUUCUGACAUGUUGUCAACACUUGCCAAACACUUGAUGAUCUAUUUAACUGUCUGUCACUGCCCUACAGGCCCUGCAGGUCAUUUCAAAACCAAGGAUGCCCUCUAGUGCACAGUACCACAACCUGAUUACCUAAAACACUACACCCAUGUUACAGAGUCUAAAGCAUGGUUGCUUAGAUGCAGACCUUUGAAUAUGUUUGAGAACACCUCCAUUAUACAUUAUAUAAAGCAUAUACAUCAUACAUUAUAAUCGAAUCAAGUUAGACAAAACAAGUUAGUCAAAAAAUCGAAUAUAUGAAACUCUAAUAAUAAAAAAAUAAUUUAUGCAUUUAAAUAUAAUAAGUUACCUGAGUCUAAAAAUAAAAAGCCAACACCAGCUUUUGGUUUCAUGUGGGAUGCAAACCAUGGUCUGAAUGAAAGAAAACUUUGUACUCACUAUUCAUAUCCUAAAGGCUCUGUCAUACCAGUUUUUCACACUAUUUCUACAGCCCAGUAUGGACAAACCAAACACUGGCUGUAGAUAGGGCCUUCUGCAGCUACUGUAGUUUCUCCUUCAUGUAUAAUCAGCAACUACACAGAUGCCAUUAAGUCUUACAGACUGGUCAUUUAAGGUCAGACUAAACUAAAACAAAGCUGGAGAAUAUCUA